UAAGAUGAUGAAGAUGUUAUCAUUUGAACGAUAUUGGUUUAUGUAAUGAUUUGUAUAGAUAAGAUGACCUGUCUAGAUAAAUUACAUUCACCAAUGAAAAUGGCAUGCGUCCAAAACAGGUGAAAUCACAAUAAGGAAGCGUUAUUGAUGUAAAAACUUUACCAAAAUAUGGCAACUACAGAACGACACAAAUAUACCGCAGCAUAUCUAAGGAUUUUAACAGUAUGCCUUCUCAUAUUUUUUGCAACAUUUAUUUUUGGACGAGAUCAUUCCACAGAAAUUCCAGUAGAUGUUAAAACCACGAAGGAUACACCACUUACAGUAGAACGAUGGCUUCAGCAGCAAAAUCAACGUAAACUUAAGGAUACCUUUGCUAAAGCAGGUAUUUUGGAAAAAGAGUUAAUUUCACUGAGUAUUAAGGACAUAGAAACCAUCAAAGAAGUGCCAGACAUUGUUAAACAGGAUCUAAAAGCUUCCAUUACAGAUGCCAAAGACACUGAGCGGUUUGUGAUAUGGUUGACUGCUCAGAGGCUGCCUCUCAAUCUCAUUCAAAGGUUAACUCAAGAAGGGAUAAAUGAUUUCAGUAAGCUGUCGCAGUUGCGUAAUGCAGAGAUUGCUGAGCUGUGUACAUCAUGCAGCAUAGAAGAUUUCCAGCAACUGAAACAUUUGGUGAAGUCUGCCCAGAGUUUGACAGCUGACAGCUUGGAUACCAGUGGUUGGUCUGGAUGGUCCUGGUUUCUCUUUAUUAUUAAAUUAGUGCUGACACUUGGGUUAGGAAUCGCCGUUCUGUGUGUGGUGAUAGUCAUGGAUUGUAUCCGGAACAUUGCCCUGGAUUUGAGGCACAUCCGCAUUCCAGGUGCGUCUGGCACAGUCACCUCUGUUCCGGCCUCUGGAGAUGGGAAGAACUGGCUCUGGAAGCUGCUCUUCAACAACUCGGCCUUGUCCCUCGCUUCACAGUUCUGUGUGGUCAAGUGGCACUGGGAGGAACCCCAGGUCGUGGGAAAUACCAUGUCGUUCACUGUGAAGCUGUACAGAAAAAAUGGGAAGCCUUAUGUAACAACAUCUACAAACUCAGUGAACGUUGUCAUACAAUUAAAGAAUGAACAGGUGGCUUGUACAAAGCAGAUUGAUGCUGAAGAUGCAGACCAAAACGCAAUAAAGACUUCCUUCACAGUCCACAAAUCUGGGUCAUACAAAAUCUCCAUCAUGGUGUCAGGGAGGCAUGUCAAAGGCAGUCCCUUCACCAAGACAUUUGAACCUGGUCCAAUAGAUGCUGGGAAGUCGGGGUUCACCAAUUACUGCUCCACCAUUGUGUGUAGUGCUGGGACCCCUUACCCACUCACUAUAGAAACCCAGGACUCCUUUGGGAACCCAGCUGUGUACAAAGCGGACCAGAACAGCUACUUUAAAAUCAAAGUCAUAGAGACAGAAAACAGUACGAGAUAUUUUCCUGCUACGCAGAUGAUUUAUAACCCUGACAAGAAGCAUCUCACAAUGCACAUUAAAAUGGAGCAGGAGGGCCAUUACCAAGCCACCGUUAGCUACGGUGACGCCAAACUCAAGAACGGGGAGUUCAGCAUCUUGGUUAUAAAUGAUGAUGACAUGACCCAUGUUAACAAAAACUUGUCCAAAAAGCAGCGAAACAUUUGGUACGAGGCUCGCCUAUUGUCCGGGAAUGGGGAUAGUGGUGAAAAGGCCAAGAAGGUGUAUGUCUACAUAUCACCAAAGCAAUUAACAUUAAAAGAAUAUUAUCUAAAAGUCAUUGGAAAGAAGUUGUUUACCUGGAGAGUUUGUCCGGGAACAAAGUUUUACUUCAAUGGCUACAACUCUCGCUACGACGCUCCAGUCAUGACGAUAUACGACUGUUCGCAACCUCAUGUAACACUCGCAGCCAAAGACCGAAAUAUCAUUGCAGCUACCUUCACCUCAUUUAUGCAAAGAAAUAUAGGUGGAUCUGAGACAUUCCAAGACAAGCAAACAUACUUCUGUCAGGAAGUUAGAAAAUUCCAAAAGAGUUCCACCACUAUCUUAAAAAUUGACAGAUCUCAACUCUUAUACAGUUCAUAUAGAGCCACAAAAAGCUUUGAUUCCAGCGACUGGUUCAAGUCUUUCCAAAUCUGCUUCACAGGGGAACAAGGGCUUGACUGGGGUGGACUUAGAAGAGAGUGGUUUGAACUGCUUUGUACAGAGUUAUUUGAUCCUGCCAACUCAGAUUUUUUCCACCGGUUUACCAGUGAUACUCAAGGACUUGUACAUCCAAAUGGGAAGAGGGAUGUCAUGUCAAAAUUGCGGUAUUUUGAAUUUGCAGGAAAAAUUGUUGGAAAAUGCCUUUUUGACUCUGCCAAAGGAAGUGGUUAUAGACAGCUAGUCAAAGCCAAAUUCUCCAGAUCGUUUCUGGCCCAGUUGAUUGGACUACAAGUGAAUUAUAAGUAUUUUGAAAUGGAUGAUCCCGAACUGUACAAAACAAAGGUCAAGUACAUCAUAGAAAAUGACAUUGAGGAAAUGGACUUGACCUUUUCAGAGGAAGAAUACUCACCUGAAGGUCAUCUCGUAAAGGUGGUAGACCUUGUACCAAAUGGAUCAAAGAUGCCAGUUACCAAUGACAACAAACUCCACUAUUUGAAUUGCUUAGCUCAGUAUCGAUUGGUCAGUUCCUGUAGAGAGGAAGUAGAAGCCUUCCUGAAGGGACUGAAUUUAUUGAUACCAGACAAUUUACUCAGUAUAUUUGAUGAAAAUGAAUUAGAGCUUUUGAUGUGUGGAACUGGAAAGUAUAGUGUAUCUGAUUUCAAAGCCCAUGCUGUGAUAGAUGGAACCUCAUACUCAUUCUUUAAGGUGUUGGACUGGUUUUGGACGGUAGUGGACAGUUUCACGGAGGAACAGAUGGCCCGCCUGCUCCAGUUCACCACCGGAUGUUCCCAACUUCCUGCCGGAGGAUUCGCCGACCUCAACCCUAAAUUCCAGAUCUCAUUCUCACCCACCUAUAAUACUUUACCCACGGCACAUACAUGUUUUAACCAGUUAUGUUUACCUGACUAUGACUCUAUGGAGAGCCUACACAGAUCCAUUCUAAUAGCUAUAAACGAGGGAUUCCAAGGCUUUGGACUUGUGUAACCCACCUGAUGUAUCGCCCCAUUCCCCCCCCUGUAACACAUUUCUCAGCCAUUACAAUGCAACUGUCAGUUUUCUUUCUGUGGUUCAUCACUUUCUCUUUGUAUUUGUUUUUUUAAAUUUGUAAAAAUCCUUUCAAUUCAUCAUUUUUUACUCUUGACACAAUUUAUGUUAAUGUUUAAUAUAAUUUCAAUUAGUACUGUGGUAUUUGUCUACCAACACUUGAUAUUUAUGACUUUUCCUCACAAGCAAUUUUCAGUUUUGCUUGAGUGAAGCUUCCAUUUUGUAUAUAUAAUUAUAUAUUUAUACUUCUAAAAAGGAUCUGGCCUCUACAUCACCAACUUUCCUCAAGUCAAUACUUAGUGUCAAGUCUGAGUGUUAACCUCAAAUUUAUGCACUUUCCUUUUAAGGAUUGAGUUGAGAAAUGAGUUGAGUGAUUUGAAAAAUUUUGUGACGGUGGGGCCAGAUCUUGUUUUAUUGCAAUGAAAAAUUUUGUUAGAAUUUGAAUUUUUUUUUUUACUUUAUAUCGGGAAGAUGAGUUCCAAAUGUGCAAUUGUAGAUUAUUUCACUGCAAUGUAAUAGUAAUAUAAUAAUGUAUAUAGGUGUCACUUAAUCUGUUAUAUAUUUUACACAAACAAGACUUGACUGCAAAGACAAUGACAUGAACAUUUUAGUGAAUUGGUGCAGUGUAUAUAUACUGGGUAAAAGUUAACAGAGGAAAUAUAUUUAUUUACAAAGUUGUUUUCAAUUAUAUGUACACAUAUUUGUAAGGUUUCUGACUUUUUUUUCUUACAUAGAAAUGGAUGAUGAGGUUCAACAUACAGGACAUGUAAUGUACAUGUAUAAUUAUGUAUUUACUCAUUUUGGAAAAAGGGAAAUGAAGCCAAGGGUAACCUGACUGUUUACGAGAAUUAAGUGACCUUUUUACUGUCAGUAUACCGGUAUUCAAUAAGCAUCACACAUAUGGAAGUUAUUUUGAUGACAGAAAUUUAACUAAUAUGUUAUGCACCAUUAUUCACAAGCAGUAGGACAUAUUUGAUAUAGAUGUUGCCUAAAACAUCAGAAAAAACAUGCAAUUUUUUUUAAUACAGGGUUUAUAAAUUGUAUAGUUAAUAAAUUUUUUUUUGAUUUUUUCUUUCAAGUCCAUCAAUAUUUUUGCAGAACCUAUCAUAUUUGAAGAGAUGUAUGUAUGUGUUUAAUCCUAUCUUUUCUUUUUUUAGGUUACAUGACCUAAUAUUUGUUAUAAUAAGUGGUAUCUAUAAUGAAACUUUUAUAAAUAAUAAAAUUAAUGUGAAGAUAA